AUGGAGCCUCUCUUCACCGGCGUCUCCAACAACGCCCAUCACCUCUACACUCUCCUCUCUUGCAUCGGCUUCACCUCGAGAGCCACAGUCCAGAUCACCCCCGAGGGUCUCCGCUUCUCUGUUGAAGAAGGUCGCGUCAUCCAAGGCCUUGCUUUUCUCGACAAGUCCCUCUUCACCAGCUACUCUUUCAUUGCGACUCCAGAUGCCAGCCAAGCAGAAGCACCCGACACUCAAGAUUCGGACGAGGUGAUCUACCCACAAUUCGUUAUCUCCCUCUCCGCCCUCCUCGAAACACUGAAAAUCUUCGGUAUAAACGAAAAUCAAGAUAAAAAUGACCGUGACACCAGUCUCCCACAAACCAAUCCCGCCUCGAGCGCUUUCUCCGCCCCCUCGCUAUUGAUGAACCGCUCAUGCACCCUUCAAUAUGCAUCCCACGGCGCACCAUUUAGCAUCGCUAUCACCGAAUCAGGCGUCCAGACGACUUGCGAAUUGGUGACAUACGAACCAGAAGACGAUGAAUCCGACAUCCCCCUCCAACGUGAUGCAAUUAUCAUGAAAAUCAUCAUGCGCUCCGCCUGGCUGCAUAACUCCAUUGCAGAACUCAACUCCUCAACACCCACCAUCCUCAAAAUUUCUGCGUCCGCCAAGAAGGCACCUUAUUUUGCGCUCUCGGGGGCGGGCGGGUCAUUUAGUGAAUCUACCGUCGAGUUCUCCAUGGAUCAACACAAGGAGAUUUUCGGGACGGCACCGAGACAGACAACGCAAGCAUCACAGGCAUCACACAGGCUGCUAGCAGAUGAUGGAUCCUCCCGGGCAGGUGCAGCGAAAUCAAAGCUCGGUCCUACUGUCACCGAGACAUUCAUGGUUUCGCCGCCUUCGUCUAUGGGUGACCAGAUCAAGCAGAGUUACCGAUUUGGGCUAAUUCGUAAGGCUGCGAGAGCGAUGUCUGUUGCUAGUAAGGUUAGUAUUCGGGGGGAUCAACAGGGUGUGUUGAGUCUACAGUUUAUGAUUGAGUUAGAUGAUGGUCAAGCCCCUGCUGGGCGCUCUAUUGGGGCUGGUAUCAAGACCACUGGGCCGGUUUGCUUUGUAGAUUUUCGGUUCGUGCCAUUAUUGGACGAGGAAGAGGCGGAGCUGGAUGUCCCAGAAGAUGGAUAG